AUGCGAUUCCUAAAUGGAAUUAGCCGGGUAUUGCCUUUAAUUGGCUAUCACCAUGUCCUUAUGAUAUUUAUUGCCCUCGCCAUAAUAUUACUCUCUCUUCUAUUAGCAGGAUGCUCGUCCUCAUCACCCCAGAUACCAACCAUCUUCCUAAUAUCCCUAUUCUACGAAAGAUACCCCCCUAUAGAGUCGACAGCCCAAGCAUCACCUCAAAUGGCGACCGCAAUAGCAAACAUUGUUGGGGGAGCACAACUUGAAGUUAGGGUUGGGUAUUUUGGGAUCUGCAUUCAAAGAGGCGGGGGGUCAUUCAUUUGCAAUGCCAAUGCUACUGCACUUGCCGGUAUUCUGCGCAGCGAGGAUGACCCUUUGAAUUUGGUCUGGGUUGCAUCUACGUUUAAAGAUGCUGUUGUAUUUCCCUACCUCAUAAUUGUUGCCGUGGUCCUUGCGUUCCUUUGCUUCCUUCUUCUCGCUACUUUUCCUGGCUGGCAUGAAGAAACUUCAGAGGACGGCUCGGAUCGGCAGGUCAGACCAUUUCCAUCCCGUGCUGUCUCUCAGGUCGCCCUCGCGCUCGUAUUCAUUGCUUCCGUAUUCGUUUUAGUGUCCGUACUUUGGCAACACACAGCGUCCGUGGCAGCAAGCACGGUUGCACAAGAUAUGGGAAAUGGCAGCGUAAAGAGUGGGGUAGGAACUUCAGCAAUGGUCUUAGGCUGGUUUGGAUUCGUCUUACUGGUCGUUGUUACGGUUGGGUUAUUGGCCAUGAUUCUGAGCAUUAGCUUACUAGCAAAACUGGCAGAUGAUGUAUGA